UGCAGUAACUCGUGCGGGGGCCUUGCCCACGCCGCAGUCCGGCUUAACAUCCCGGCGAUUCCUUCGUGGGUCACCCAGAGGCCCGAGGUCCCGGCGUCUGGGCCCCGGUCCCUCCCCGGUGCAUGGGAGCCCCUCUGUGCAGCGCUGAGGCCAGAAGUCGGCCAGAAGCAAACGAAGACCACAGUUGCAGAAUUGACAGCAGCUUAUUCUCGUUCUUCUUAACUGCUUUAUUGAGGUGUUAUUUGCAAUUCCGCCUUUUACGUUCAACGGGGUUUACCCAGAGCUGUGCGGCGAUCGCCAAGACCUAAUUUAGAGCGUUUCCAUCCCCCUCCCCAAAUCUGCUCCAUUUCCGGAGGUCCGCCGAGAUCUGACUGCGCUGCGCUGCAAAACGGACAGCCAGGGGGCGCUGCGGGACCGACUCUCAGCUGCGCCUGCGCCGGCGCCGCGCGCGAACCCGAGCACUAGCCCGCCGAGCGCGCUCCCCCACGACUGCGACUGCGCGGAGCCCGAGGCCCCGCCGCUCCCGCCGGGGGCUCUUCGCUGGGCGCCUGGGCCAUGGGAGAGGCGGAGGUGGGCGGCGGGGGCGCGGCGGGUGACAAGGGACCGGGGGAGGCGGCCACCAGCCCAGCUGAGGAGACAGUGGUGUGGAGCCCCGAGGUGGAGGUGUGCCUGUUCCACGCCAUGCUGGGCCACAAGCCCGUCGGUGUGAACCGGCACUUCCACAUGAUCUGUAUCAGGGACAAGUUCAGCCAGAACAUCGGCCGGCAGGUGCCAUCGAAAGUCAUCUGGGACCACCUGAGCACUAUGUAUGACAUGCAGGCCCUGCACGAGUCUGAGAUUCUUCCAUUCCCGAAUCCAGAAAGGAACUUCGUCCUUCCGGAAGAAAUCAUUCAAGAAGUCCGUGAGGGAAAAGUGGUCAUCGAAGAGGAAAUGAAGGAGGAAAUGAAAGAAGACAUGGACCCCCACAACGGGGCCGAUGAUGUUUUCUCAUCUUCAGGAAGCUUGGGGAAAGUAAUGGAAAAGCCCAGCAAGGACAGGGACAAGAACCCCUCCGACUUGGGGGCCAAGGACGGGGCGGACAAGCGUAAGCGCAGCCGGGCUGCCGACAAGGUCCUCACCGCCAACAGCAACCCCUCCAGCCCCAGUGCCGCCAAGCGGCGCCGGACGUAGAUGCCCCGUGAGGAGGGCCGUCGGGGGUCCCUGUCUGGAGCCCCAACAACACGAAAAGCCAGGAUCGCUGGCUCAGGCUGAGAGCGCGCUCAGUGGUGGCUUCAGCAGCACCGAGCUGCCGUCUGUGUGACAGACGCCUGGCGUGAAGAGCAGUAAAGCCCGACUGCACUGCCUUCCCGGGAGCGCCUGUCUUCUCCUUGGUCCGUCUGUCCAUCCGUCCACCCACGGCUCUUCUCUCUUGUUCAAGUGACUGUGACCUCCGGGGAAAGACCACCAGGCCGCGCAUGGCGGCCCCUCCGUCACCCAAGAAACUGGGAACUGGAUAUUUGGCCUCAUUCAUUUGUACUGUAACGAUGUAUAUAAUUUGGUUGAUAUUUCACUAUUUAAUUUUUAAGAAGCCUAUUUUACUAGUGUUUUAUAUGAAAAAAAUACUGCAGAAGUUUAAAACCUGUGUUGUAUUUUUUCCGAGACGUUUUGUUCUAAGGCGAUGACCGCUGAGAUACUUUGUGCUCAGUUUUUAUAUGCCAGACAGAGUUUGUGGUUAUUUUUGUACUACCAAGUAACUUGCAAACAGACUAAACUCUCAGUGGAGGGCAGCCCGCCGGGGCUGAUGCCAGGCAGGGGACUACGGGACAUUAAAGCCCAGAAAAGUGA